GAGCAUCUCAGCAACUUGGAAGCCGGGAAUGCAGCCAUGGGCAGCUCUCUUGCGAUGAGCGCUCCAAGUGAAGCCUUCGUAAGGCCCGGCGUGGCAGCCUCCAGCCAUGCACCCAAUAGCUUGAGGCCUGUUCAGCGUCCUGGAAGCGUUCAGCGUCCUGGAAGCGGGUUUCACCACGUGAGCAUUGCUCCUUGCGCAGGCCUUUGUCUUGGCUUGAUGGGCAGCAACGUGCCCAAGGUGUGGACCCGCAGACGGAUGCAGACGGCACGAGCUGCGCUGCAGCCGGGUGACUUUGGCCUCCCUCCAAAGCUUGCGGGCAUGGCCAGUGCGCUCGCGGCGCUGCCCAAUGACCGCUUGCGCUAUCAGCAGCUGAUGGCUUUGGCUGCGAAGCUUCCAGCCAUGGACGAAGAACUAAAGGUGCCGGAGAACAAGGUGCCUGGGUGCUUGAGCACAGUGCAUGUCACCGCCACUCUCGAAGAAAAUGGCACCGUGACCUUCCAGGGCGACUCCGAUGCCUUGAUUUCCAAAGGCCUUGUGGCGCUGCUGGUGCUCUGUCUCAGCGGCUGCACGCCUGAGGAGAUCGCGAACGUGAAGCCCGAGUUCAUCAAGGCCUCGGGCAUCACUGCAUCCUUGACGCCGGGCCGCAACAACGGUUUUUACAAUAUGUUCAAGCUCAUGAACAAGAAGGUGUCGAUGCUGGUUGCAGGUGAGAGUGAUGAGGAAGACUCCGAGCCAGCGCCUCUGCAGAUUUACAACACGCUGAGUCGUGCAAAGGAGACGUUUGAGACCUUGGAGCCGGGUGUGGUGAAGAUGUACGUAUGUGGCGUCACUGUGUACGACCUUUGCCAUUUGGGCCAUGCUCGCGUCAUGGUGUUCUUUGACGUCGUGGCGCGCUUGCUCAGGCACCUUGGCUACAAAGUCGUUUACGUUCGCAAUGUCACGGACAUUGAUGACAAGAUCAUCAACAGGAGCCAGGACGCCGGCGAGUCGGCUGAGGGCCUGGCGCGGAGGAUGGAGGCUGAGAUGCAGAAAGAUGCCGCCAGCCUGGGCUGCGCAGCGCCUGACUUUGAGCCGAGAGUCUCGGAGACGUUGGAUGAGAUCAAGGGCAUGGUAGACACCCUGGUGGAGAAGGACUUUGCCUAUGUGGGCAAGGCUGGCGGGGACGUCUACUUCCGCGUGCGGCGCUUUGAGACUUAUGGCCGCUUGUCCAGGUGCAGCUUGGACGGUAAUGAGGCCGGUGCCCGGGUGGAGGUGGCGGAGGUCAAAGAGUCUCCGGAGGACUUCGUGCUGUGGAAGUCGGCCAAGCCUUCGGAGCCGUCCUGGGAGUCUCCUUGGGGCCCUGGGCGACCUGGAUGGCACAUCGAGUGCAGCGCCAUGGCGAAGAAGUACUUGGGCGACACGUUGGACAUCCACGGUGGUGGGCCGGACCUGGUUUUCCCCCACCACGAGAACGAGAUCGCGCAAAGCGAGGCCGCCAAUGGCGCUCCCUAUGUGAAGACCUGGAUGCACUGUGCCGCAGUGCGGAGUACCGGCAAGGAGAAGAUGUCCAAGUCCCUGGGCAACUUUGUGACCAUUCGCGAUGCCUUGAAGAAGUAUGACGGGGAGGUCCUCCGCUUCUACUUCCUCAGCUCACAGUAUCGAAGGCCCUUGCUCUACUCUGAGGAGGCGCUGGAAGAGGCGCAAGAGCGGCUGCUGAAGCUGUACGGCGCUUUGCGGGGGGCAAAGCCCGGGGGCGCCGAGUGCGAGCCAGCCGAGUGCGAGCAGCACGGUCGCUUCCUCUUGGCCAUGUCCAACGACUUCGACACGGUCAAUGCCAUUUCGGCGAUUUCCGACUUGUCCAAAGAGCUGCUGCAGCUCCAGCAAGGAGAAGAGAGUGGGGAAGAGUACCAGGCAAAAGCCAGGCACUUGCGGGCCAUGGGCUCCGUUUUGGGCAUUCUGCAGCGUGAUGCGGAGGAGGUGUGUCGCGGUUCGGACGAUGACCUGCAGGCCAAAGUGGAAAGCCUCAUCCAGGCGCGUGCGGACGCGAGGCAGGAGAAGGACUUUGCGCGGGCAGAUGCCAUCCGAGAGGAGCUCACCAGCAUGGGCGUUGUCCUGGAAGAUGGCGCCGGAGGCACAUCUUGGCGAAUUGCCUCGAUGGCGUGAGUGGCACAAAACCCGAGCCAUCGCAUUCAAAUCUUGC